UCGAGAGGUGGGGAAGCUAUUGACGUUCCCACGGCGUACCUGGAAAUUUUCGAGAGCGAAACCACACAUUUGGCGAAUUACACGGUUGUUGCAGAUGCAAACCGAUUACAACUGACAGAAGAGAUUGUUUGUGAACGGGUGAUGAAUCGUACUAUAGCUGUCGUUAUCUAUGCUCCAUUGUUACAUCGAGAAACUCAACCGGAGUACCUCUCUCGGGUGUCAUCUACAGCCUAUGCUCUCGGGUUUUACAGUAUUCCUACUAUCGGAGUUAUGGUCAGAGAAGCAGAAUUCAGCAAAAAGAAAAUCUAUCCCACUUUUGUUCGACCAUCACCAGCGUAUGCUGACGAGUCUUAUGUGUUUCUCAAUCUACUUCAAAGGCUUGACUAUCGGCAGGUCGUCGUUGUUAGUGUUAAAGGAGAUCGCAAUGGAGAACAAUUUGUCGAGUUAUUCGAAAAGAAGCGUAAGAAAUAUAAAGUUCAUGUGAGUUAUAUUCAAAACUUGCCACGAUCUCUAAACCACUUGUUCAUGACAUCGCCAGAAUCUGAAAAUACUUUAAAAAACUCACUACUGAGUGAUAAAAGUAUCUGUUCAACAUCCACAACUAAAGUCACCUUCAAUGAUCUGUGCGAAAGAAUCAGUGUGGACUACGAUAUACUCAACUACAAUGAAGGCUAUCGAGAAGUUGGUGCACUGCGUGGCUCUAAUCUUCGUCUAGCCGAGCAUACUAUACACUGGGCAGGAGGUGGUGCAAAGCCAUUGGAAAUUACCCUACCAAAGCAUCUCCGUGCAGUCACCAUGCAUGAUCCACCAUUUGUCUACACCACUCCUAUCGCUUCUCUAGCCGAUUGCGAGAGUCUCGAAGACGUCGAGAUUGAUAUAUUACAGAGUGGACCAUGGUACCCAUGCCCCAGGCACGGCUCUAACGACACUUCCCACUACUGCUGUGCUGGCUAUGCAAUAGAUUUACUGUCCAAUUUGUCGUUACCAGAGCCAAACACUACGAUUGAUACGAGUUUCACGUUCUCAUUGCAUUUGAAUGACAGCUAUGGAGCUGUGAUCUUAGGAGAAAAGGGUUAUAUCCUGACCGGCGCACUGGGCGAAUUGGACAGUGAUCAGGCCGAUCUAGCUAUUGGUGGAAUGACCAUCAAUCCUGAGAGGGAGAGGUACAUCGACUUCUCGGAGCCAUGGUCGUAUCAUGGAAUACGAAUACUCGAGAAAUCGAUUCCACGCGACUCCCCGAUGCAAUCUUUCCUACAACCACUGAAAUCGUCCCUAUGGACUGCACUCUUUGUGUCCGUAAUCACUGUCGGCCUCGUCAUUUUCUGCCUUGACCUCAAGUCGCCUUUCGACCGAUUCUAUCGGAACGAGCCACAUCUGGGGGAACCAGCCAACAUUUUCUUGGAACAGGUGGCGAACGAGCGUGUCAACUUUGGUGAAGCAAUGUGGUUCGUUUGGGGAGUUCUGCUAAAUAGCGGAGUUUCCGAAAAGACGCCUCGGAGCUGCGCAGCAAGGGUCCUAGGAAUCGUAUGGUGUGGAUUUUGUAUGAUCAUGGUAGCUUCAUAUACUGCAAACUUGGCCGCUUUUCUUGUACUUGAUCAACCCGAAAAGGGGCUCACUGGCAUCACAGAUCCAAGAUUGAGAAAUCCAUCAGCCAACUAUUCUUUCGGCACAGUUUUAAACUCAAACGUUUACCAGUACUUCAAGCGACAUGUAGAGCUCUCUACAAUGUUUCGAAAAAUGGAAGCCCAUAAUGUGGAGAAGGUUUGUUCCUCAUCAGAUUUGAAGGGCUCCGUCAAAGGCAUGAUAUGUACAAAGAGACCUGUUUCAGCAGCCAGGCACUGUGAUUUACGAACGAGAGGUGCCCUGUUCGGACGGAGUGCUUAUGGGGUUGGAUUGCAAAAGAACAGUCCAUGGACUCCGCACAUUACAUCUGCAAUUCUAAGGUUGUCUGAAAGUGGUGUUAUGGAGAACUUAGAUACCAAGUGGAUCGACAAUAAGGAGUCCAAAUGCGUGGCAGAGGCCCAUAAAUCACCGGCACGACUUAGUCUUUGGAAUAUGAGGGAUGUGUUUAUACUAGUCACGGUUGGAGUAGCAGCUGGCGCAAUUUUCAGUACAAUUGAAGUUAUUUAUGGAAGGAGAAAAGCAAGGAGAGGGGCCCUUGCGGCUCGGUACGUGGAGAAGUGGCGGAUGAUGGCCUCCGACGGUCGUCGAGCGAACAGAUACAACCUUUCUCGACCAGUAAUCAGACGAGGAUUCACUGGACUGGAACCAUGCACAUUAAUGCGUGAGCUGAAGCCAUCUAAACAAAAUCCCGUCAAGAAAACCUUAAUCCGACCACCGGAGUUCGUACCGGAUCUGAACUUUGGCCGAGAAUCUGUAGUCCUCUUUUGCAGCCGAUGUCGCAAUCUGGUCCAAACCGAGGUGCAUCGUGAGAGCGGAUUAUUCGCCUACGUGUGGUGUGUACUGUUCGUGUUGCUGUUUCUUUGGCCAUGUUCCCCAUUGCCAUGCUUCAUGGAAGCUUUUUCGGACUUUGUGCACGUUUGCCCGGUUUGCUCACACAAAAUCGGGCGUUAUCGUCGAUGUCGACGAUCGCAAUUCUAUGUAUAG